AUGAGCUCGACGGCAGCGACGGGUGAGACCAAGGGUCCCACCAUCAUCGUCGUCAACUGUAUUGUCACCGCCAUCAGCACGGCUUUCGUCUUCGCCAGGUUAUACGUUCGUGUGGGGAUGAUGAAAAAGUUCAAACUCGACGAUGCUCUGAUUUCAUUCUCAUUAAUUCUCGGAUGGAUGGUCGUCGCCUUCUCCAUCGUUUCGGUGAAAUCUGGAAAUGGACAACACAUAUCGACGCUGACUCCGGAACAAGUCUCCGGAGCUGUGUUAUAUACAAUGGUGGGCUUCGUUCCAGGUGUUCUGUCUUUCAGCGUUCCUAAACUGGCCGCCAUCUACCUCCUCACGGGACUUUUGGAACCUUCAAAAUGGCACCGACGAUUCUUGUGGACCAUAGGCGUUGCAUGCGUGAUCUUUCUACUGGGUUGUGUCGCAAUCCUCUUUGGACAAUGCACACCUUCUCGAGCCCAAUGGGAUUUGAGUAUUACCCAAAAGACUUGCAUUAGCCCCUGGGUUUUAGUCAACUACUCCGAAUUCGCGGGAGCCUUUUCCGGAUUUGUCGACUUGUACUUGGCUGCAUGGCCGGCUACUGUGCUAUUUUCAUUGCAAAUGAACAUGAGAAAGAAGAUAGCGCUGUGCUUUGCUCUUGGGUUAGGUUCAGUGGCCUGCGUUGUAGCCAUCUACAAGACAACUCGAAUUCCUGGGCUAGCGGAUCCAGAUUUUACAUGGGCUACAUCUGACUUAACAAUCUGGACUUGUGUCGAAGGAGCCUCUGUUAUCAUUGCCACCUGCAUUCCGAUCCUACGGCCAUUGAUGGAAGCGAUAUUUGGACGACGUGUCAUGGGCAGCACAGGAGAUCGCCAAGGCUACAAGAACUACGGAACAUCCAAAAGCAACACCCGAGAUGAGCUCGAGAUGAACUCGCGUCGACGGAAGGUCAAGGGCCCAUACGACUUAGAAACGAAUAUCGAACUCGGCAAAGAUAGUAGUCAAGACGAUAUCUUGCAAAAGGACGGCCAUGAUCAGAAGCUAGGAGCGGCAGAUGGCAUUGUACGCACUCAGUCCGUGACAAUCUUAUACGGAGAAGGAGAGAGGACUAAUGAAGCCCCUCUGGCGAAAUACGAAAAUUGGAAAUAA